UUCGUGUUUUCUUAUUGCAUUUUUCUUUUGCAAUUUUUAGUUGUUUUCCUCCGAGAAAACCAUAGAAAAUCCUUUAAUUUCCUUUUCUUUCUCAUCUCAACAAUCAGAAUGAUGCUCACACGGGCUAUUGAAUCCUCAGGGCGACAGCUGUGGGGUCUUCUGAGUAUCCCUGCUCGUCAGAGCUCUCACUUUGUCUACACUCCCGACGCAAAGGCACCAAAUGUCGAAGGGCCCAAGACAAAGAUGAACAUGUUCACGGCAAUUAACAAUGCUCUGGAUCAGGCGAUGGAUAGAGACGCAACGGCGUUGGUUUUUGGUGAGGAUGUGGCCUUUGGUGGGGUGUUUAGGUGCUCAAUGGGAUUGCAGAAGAAAUACGGCAAGGGCAGGGUGUUCAAUACGCCAUUGUGUGAGCAGGGAAUUGCCGGAUUUGCCAUUGGUGUGGCCAAUGUGGGUGCUACGGCAAUUGCUGAACUCCAAUUUGCCGACUACAUGUUCCCGGCAUUUGAUCAGAUUGUCAAUGAGGCGGCCAAGAAUCGCUACCGAAGCGGGAAUCUCUUCAAUUGCGGCUCCCUCACAAUUCGUGCUCCAUGCGGAGCUGUUGGACAUGGAGCUCUCUACCACAGCCAGAGUCCUGAGGCAUACUUUGCACAUACCCCAGGGCUAAAAAUUGUCGUCCCCCGUGGUCCCAUCAAGGCAAAGGGAUUGCUGCUGGCCAGUAUUGCCGACAAGGAUCCAUGCAUUGUGUUGGAACCAAAAACUCUCUAUCGCGCAUCAGUGGAGGAAGUUCCGGAUGCCUACUUUGAGUCUCCCAUUGGGAAGGCAGACGUACUGCGGAAGGGGAAUGACGUGACAUUGAUUGCCUGGGGUACACAGAUCCACGUAAUGACGGAAGUGGCUGACAUGGCAAAGAAGCAACUCGGUGUGAAUUGUGAGGUGAUUGAUUUGGUCUCAAUCCUACCCUGGGACAAGGAAACAAUCUGCAAUUCCGUUAAGAAGACAGGACGAGCUGUGAUUGCCCACGAGGCUCCACUCACGUGUGGAUUUGGUGCUGAAAUUGCAGCUGCAAUUCAAGAGGAGUGCUUCCUGCAUUUGGAGGCUCCAGUGCAGCGUGUUACAGGAUGGGAUACACCCUUCCCGCAUGUCUUUGAGCCCUUCUACCUUCCGGACAAGCAUAGGUGCCUCGAUGCCAUUCGCAAAGCCAUUGAAUACUGAAGCACAAGCGCCCCAAAUGGUAACUGAUGCAUUUAUUUUUGUUUCACGUUCUUAUCGUUGACUUUGUUGUAGGUGUGUGGAGUCUUUAUGUAAAGAAUAAAGAAUUCACAGAUUUUUUUUUCUAUUAAAAAAACUGUCUUUCUGUGGCACUGUGGCAUGUCUAUUGGCGUGUGUCGUAUUCAACAAUUUUUUUU